GAUGUAUCAGCCAGCUCGGUAGGUGACUGCUGAUCCCACGAACACACUCUCAUGUUGCAAUUGAAGCCUUUCAACAACGCUCUGCGGUGCAGGAAGGGUCAUUGAUCUCCUUUCCCCCUACCUCCAAUCCCACCCCGACACCCCUCCCUCCCCUUUUUAUUUUUAUAUAUCACUGGCAUAUAGUUGCAGUAUCCGAGUACGGGCACCCAUGGGUCCAGGAGCAAUGGAUCCGAUCCUCCACGCCUUCCUGUUGUGUUUGCUCACAUCUCUGUCUGCUGUGAGUACUCUGUCUACGCUGCCACAAACAUGUUUGUGUGAGGUGAUGAAUUCAACCGCAACUCAGGACAGCCAUGAAGAUGGUUUACAUCUCCAAGUUGAAGUGGACGGGAGAUCUGUCAUGGCCACUACAGACACUACAUAUCUGUGCGCGACGCUGGACUGGUACCCACAGGACAGAUGCAACUAUGGAAGCUGCUCAUGGGACCAUGCCUCCAUCCUCUACAUCGAUCUCUCCAAUUCGUUGCUGGAGAAGUCUCUCGUAGCGUUAUCUCCUCUGAGACUUCGGCUUGGAGGAACAGUGCAAGACCAGAUUGUCUACGACACAAAGUUGGGUAGUCUAGCGCAACCAUGUCUGCCCUUGGUGAAAGACGACUCGUUUAUCUCGGAUUAUCGGGGCGGAUGCUUGUCCAUGGAACGGUGGAUUGCGCUCACCAACUUGUUUGCGAGAACAGGCACUCUGCCCGCGUUUGGACUGAAUGCUCUUUACAACCGCAAUCGAUCAGCGGACGGUGUGUGGGGUCCUUGGGAUCCUUCCAACGCACACGAUUUCAUCAAAUUUACUGUGGACCACGGCAUCUUUGUGGAGGCUUGGGAGCUUGGUAAUGAGCUGACUAUGAAUCAUGUGGUGACAAGUAUUCCUGCAAAGCAAUACGCACAGGACGUCAAACAACUGCGCUCUAUCAUAACCACCCUCUACAAAGGUCAUUCGCAACAGCCAUUGCUAGUGGCUCCUGAUUCAACCGGAAACGUUGCAGGCAAUGAGUACGACUGGUAUAUCACGUUUCUCAAUGAAUCCGGCCCCGGUGUCCUCGACGGUAUCAGUCGCCAUAUAUACAACCUUGGACCAGGGAACAGUCUUGAUUUAGUGGAGAAGAUACUCAACUAUACUAUCUUAGACAACGACCUUGACAACUACCGCGCAGUCCAGAGGUUAAUCCAAACAUAUGGACCGUGGGCAACUGCCUGGGUGGGAGAAGCAGGUGGAGCUUACAAUAGCGGCAAGAAUCUCGUCAGCAAUGCUUUUGUUAACAGCUUCUGGUACUUGGAUCAAUUAGGAUUGGCCGCAACAUUCAACACCAAAGCGUACUGUCGCCAGACACUUAUAGGCGGCAACUACGGACUGCUCAACUCCACCACCUUUAGACCAAAUCCAGAUUUGUACAGUGCCAUCCUAUGGAAGAGAUUAAUGGGGAGAAUCGUCUUAGCCACAAAACUCAAGGACGCAUAUCCACAAUUAAGAUCGUAUACACAUUGCCAAGCAGGAAGCAAAACUGGAGGACUUACCGUUCUCCUGAUCAAUCUUUCAAAUGCAACGCUGAGCGUUGUGGUUGAUAUCAAAUCGCCUUUCGUGGGUGAACCAGUAUCGUCUAAAAAUAAGAUGUCUGGGCUUAUCCCCAACAAGUCCAAGGUAACACUUAGACAUGAAUACCACUUGUCUGCUUCAAACGGCGACCCUCACAGCCAGACAUCUUUGCUUAACGGAACGCCUCUGGAGUUGACCCCCCUUGGAGACCUACCGAACCUGGAUCCCGUGGUGACGGAGAACAUUUCCCCUGUUUCAAUACGAGCGUUCUCCAUCGCUUUUGUGGCGUUGCCAGAUGCACAAGUUCCCGUAUGUAUUUACACAUAGUUAAAUAUCAUUCAUAUCCUAGCACUGCCAUUCGUAACAAUACAGCUCCUAAAAAACAAACCAAGUUUAAAGCUUUUGAAUUAUUCAUUGAUCUCUCAUUGAGAUGUAUUCAUUGAAACAAUAAAGUUGAUUCAGGAAAAGUAAACUGACAUUCAAUAAA